AUGUACAACACCCUCACUCGUGGCCAGAAUGCCUUCGGAUUCUUCACCACCGUCGCAUUCGUUGUCGCAGCUUUCAUCGCCGCUUCGGAUCUCCUGAGCCCGCGUGCUCCUGGCGCUGGCAAACUUGGUGUUUCAAGCACCCAAGUUGUUAAGGGCCGACCGCACUACUACAGUUCUAAGAAGGAGGAGUACGCCAUCAUUCGAUUCAACCUGGAAGCCGACUUGAAGUCUCUUUUCACAUGGAACACUAAACAAGUCUUCGUCUAUGUCACUGCUGAGUGGCCCGGUCCCAACAACUCCACCAACGAGGCCGUCAUUUGGGACAAGAUCAUUACAAGCCCUAGUGCCGACCACCUCCAGAACAUCGGACCCGUUGCCAUGAAGAAGCUCAAGCGUAGCGCUGAGGGCAAGGCUAUUGACCCUGACCGUGGCAUGAUCGGCCUCAAGAACCAGAAGCCCAAGUAUCAGAUCACUCACCCCAGCGGCAAGGUCGCCCAGACAGAAGACGUGCAGCUAAAGCUACAUUACAAUGUACAGCCCUGGGUCGGCCUCCUCACUUGGGAUCAGACCCGUGAUCUUGGUCAUUGGAAGGGGUUGGUUGGUGGCGAGUCAUCCAGCUUUCAACUUCCUGCUAUCAAGACCAAGAAGAAGGAUACACCCAAGAGGAGCUACUAG